AUGGUCAAGGGUCGUCAAGGUCUUUAUUUGGAGGCGUGGAAGUUCUCUGUCUAUCUCGCUAUCCCAAUCGUAGCUUCUGUGUACUAUAGCGACCCAGAAACCCAGCGAUACUGGGCCGACUACUGGCAAUACAUCAAAUAUCCUGAAAAUCCCAACACGAACGUGAAGGAAAAGAUUCAGGAGCUAGCAAAGGAAAAGGAGCAAACUAGACAACAAAGGAUGGCCUAUAAAGAGCAAUUGCGGAGUUUGCAAGAAGCGGCAAAUCGCACUCAAACAUAUUCCGAGGAAACUUCGAAUGAUGCCUCGUGGUGGAGAAGGGCUGGCAGAUGGAUCGGCGGCGGAUCAACGGAGCAAUAA